ACGCACACGCGCGCGCGCCCACACACACUAUUUGUUCGCCAGUUCUCCGUUCUCGCUUUCUCUUUUGCACAAUCGGUUGGUCGCAUCCGCAUAUGAAAUUCCCGAUUUGCCCUCAACCAUGCCGGCUUCAGCAUCAUCGGCGCCGCCGCCUCCGACUCACAGCCGUCGCGAGGAUCUAAUCGGAAAACUGAGCUCUUCCUCCACCGAUACAAAGCUCAAAGCCCUUCGCGACCUCAAAAAUCAAAUCAUCGGUAACCGUACGAAGAAGCUUUGUUUCCUCAAACUCGGCGCCGUUCCUUUAAUUACCUCUAUCCUCUCUUCCUCCUCUUCCUCCGCCGGCACGGCUGGUUCUUCAUGUGCCGAUGAUGACGUGGAACUCAACGAUUCGCUUAUUAUUCAAUCGGCUGCUGCUAUCGGUAGCUUUGCGUGUGGCUUUGAUGACGGCGUUAAAGCUGUUUUAGAUGCCGGUGCUUUUCCUCUUCUUCUUCGCCUUAUUUCUUAUCCUAAUGAUAAGGUAGUGGAUGCUGCUGCUCGUUCCCUUAAGUUUAUUUAUCAGUCAAAGUUAGCCCCAAGGUAUGAUUUUCUGCAGGGGAAUAAUAUGACAUUUAUCUGGUCGCUAUUGAAUAGUGAAAAUGAGAAUGUGACUGGACUUGGUGCAAGUAUCAUUACACAUUCUUGCCAGACAAGUUUUGAGCAGAAGGCAUUAAGCGAUUCUGGGGUUUUAAAGAAACUCACAUACAUGCUUGGAGGGUCUGUAACUCAAACAGAUGCUAGUCUAGAGUCUGUUGCCACUAUCCUUAAGGAAAAUCCUGAUGUCGUUUCAAAGUUCACGGAACCUGAAAAUGGAGGAGCAUUGGAGACUAUUACUGAAUUGACCAAGGAUAAAAGUGCCCGGACAAGACUGCUUGCUUGCAUAUGCUUGAUUGUCAUAAAGAACUCUGCUCCUUCUUGCCUUCAAAAUUUACGAAUCAAAACAAAAUUGAUAUUAAUACUACUUGAGCUUCUUGAGGAUGAUCAAGUUGGAGCCGAAGCUCCUUUUGCCUUGUCUAGUUUAAUUGCAGAAAGGGAGGAUUUGCAAUUGUUAGCAUUCGAGGCAAAUGUUAUUGAUAAGCUUGUCAACCACCUGCGAAGAGGUCCAAUACAGUCGAGACGUUUAGAGGGUAUACUUAUUGCAUUGGCUAACAUGUGCUCCAGACUGGAACGGUGCAGGGAUCGGCUUCUGUCAUUAGAGGCUAUGAAGCUUGUAGGUGAUGCCCUGAGUCACGACAGUGGUGAAGUGCGUGCUGCAGCAUGUAUAUGUUUGAAAAAUGUUUCUCGCUCAGUCAAGAAUCUUAGCACAGGUCUAUUUAUGAAUGAAAGCUUUGUUGUUCCCUUGGUUCGGCUUUUAGUUGAUGAUUUGACCUUUGUCCAGGUUUCUGCCCUUGAUGCCAUCAGCAACAUAGCGAUUGAUUUUUUGGCACAUAAGACAAUGUUUAUGCAGUGUGGAGGUGUGAAGCAGCUUGUUCAGCUUUCGAAGUCAAUGGAUUCAACUAUUAGGGUAAAAGCCGUGUGUGCUUUAAGGAACCUGACAUUCCUUGUGAACAACAAGUGUAAAGAGGAAAUUCUAUCAGAGCUCACACAGUUGACUCUGAGAAGCCUGAUCUGUGAUCCUGAGGCUUCUGUUCAAGAGCAAGCUCUAGCUUUGGUUCGUAAUCUUGUUGAUGGGCCUCUAGAUUCUAUCCAGCACAUCUUUGCUGAGGACGCUCUUCUGCUGCAUGCUGUGGGACAGCAACUGCAGAGUGCUUCAAAAGCUCAAGUCCUCAUUCAGGGUAUGUACGUCUUUACAAAUGUGGCAUCUGGAAAUGAGGUGCACAAGGAAGCUGUUAUGCAAGAGCUCUUUCCACCGUUAGCUAAUGAUUCUGAAUCAAUUAUGUUCAAGUUUUUACAUAGUGAUGAUAGCCGGUUACGUACAGCUGCAGUUUGGACUCUAGUGAACCUUACUUCUCCAAGCAGUUCUGGUGCAUCUGGCUGGGUGAUGAAACUACGGAAUGCCGGCAUAGUUUCCCAGUUGAAAAAUAUGGUCAAUGAUCCUUGCCUUGAUGUAAAGCUUAGAGCGAGGACAGCUCUAGGGCAAUCAAUGACUUCUGGUGAUGGUUCUACAUGACUAUUAUAUUUUGAUCCUUAAUUCAGUGGUUGGUGAAAGAUUCUGGUGCAGAAUGAUGCUUGGGCUUCAACAUGUUUUAUAUAAUGCCAUGUCUGCAACCUUUGGGACCAAGGAGAACAUGGUUUAAGCUUUCACUCCAGCAUUUUUCAAAUUCAAGGCUUUUGCUUGGAGUUGCUCGACUAUUGAUUGUGUGGCCUAUCAGGCCGUAUUCAACUGUACCAUUCUGUGCCCCAGCAGGAAUUUUGUAUCUUUUUUCCAAGUGUAAUAUUGUUAAUGAUUGUUGCAGCUUUUAUUCUGUAUUCCCCCUAAAAGCCCUUUCAUUUCCCUAUUGUUGGGGUCUGGUGCUGGGGAUAAAUAAUUAGGUAUCAUUAUUGUGUCCUCGUCUCUCUUUUUUUUUCAUUUUAGGGGGUUUAGUUUUAGUAUUUAGGUUGCUUAAAACACGAGGGAUUGUGUUAAUAUCUAUUUACUUGUUUUGCUGAGAAGCGGUACUUUCUAUUUAAGAGAAUUUGCUUCCUUGAUCUA